CUGCUUUGGAAUCCGUAUCAGUUCACCAAAGACCUAACUCUAUAAAAAAGCCCAGCUGUUUCUAAAGGCAACGCUAUAUUUGCAAUAAAAAAGAAAGAACUCUUGUCCGAAUCAUCAAGGUUGGAAGAGUAUGAGUGGAUUUUUACCCGAUCUGGCGAACUGGGCCUUGCGCGGGGGCGCCGGCUCCGGCCGGAACGCGGAAGAGGGAAGCUCCCACGAGGAAGAAAGCCCGCCGGAUAAUACGGGUCCGGUCUUGACGCCGGAGGAAGUGAGGGCACAGCGCUUGGCACGAAUGGACGCACUGCAACAGGCGCAACGCCAAGAGCAAGCCGCCAGUGUCUCUCGUUCUACUGAUGGGGAUGCGUUGGCGUCCCGCGAAGCGCAAUCCUCGGAAGGCAACAACAACAACAACAACAACAACAAGUUGGAAUCUUCCACGGGCAGCGCCACUCCGCAACCCAUGGAUACCGAUGAGACGAGCUCGUCUCCACCCAUAUCGAAACCCACUGACGAACGGAAUUUGUCCGAAGCGAAGGAACAGACAAAGAAGAAGGCCAAAAACGAACCGAUGGAUCCCGAAAAGAAACUACAACGGAACAAAGAAAUGUUGCUGCACAAGAUUUUGGAAAUUACGCUCAAAGGGAGCAGUAUGGCCAAAUCCAACUCGGCGUCAAUGGCGCUCAGUAUGAAUGCUUCUUCCUCUGCUGUUGUCGUCGACAUUGGCGACACCGCAAUUACAGCACAGACGAUUGCCGAGAUUUUAGCAACGCGUCUAUCGCUGCCGGCCAUUGAUCCGGCCCUCAAUACGGUCCCUCCUCCCAAACCCUUACUGGUUUACCUAGGUCUGUGUCAUCGCAGAGCGUCGGAGGAACUGAAAACAUUGCGCCAGUCGUCCAAAUCACCUGACACCGAGAUUAUGGACAUUCUAGAGGAGUGUCAACGUCAGGUAGUCAACUACGCCGCUUCAACUUUGAUGGAACCCGACUUGUUCGAACUGGGUGCUGAUGGUGCUCUCCAGCUUGCCAAAUGCUUACUAUCGAGCGUGACGGAACAUAACACGGCAAUAACCUUUGGUAUGAAUGGGGCGGCGUCAUCCUUUUAUCAUUUGGUCUGCGACGAACUCGUACAGCAGGAUUCCAGUGCAUUGUUUACUGCGAUCAAUUCAGUGGUGGACUACUUUUCUGAGCUUUUAAGAAAGUGCGAGUCCGUAGUGGAUGGCGUAGAGGGUGCGGACGGUAGUCCUAUGCUGAUAGUAUCGGCUUUGGCCUCCACGUGCCAACACAAAAAGGCGGCCGAAGCAGUCUCGCAAAGUGCUUCGUUUUUGCUCCCGGCCGCAGGAACACCGGAAGCGGCCCAGAUUGUCCGACCACCAAUGCCUGCCAAUAUGACUGGUAACAGUUUCUUGCAAAUGCUGGCGGGGGAAGGGAAUCGGCCUUACAUGAAACGCUCCGGACCGGGUCUAGAAAAGGAAACGCUCCUGGGUUUGAUUCUGCGGGUCGGUGCGCCCAAGAACAAUACGGCCUUUUCGCCGUCUUCCGUGUUACGGCAGUCACUUGUAUCAAUGGAAAACACCAAUACCACUCAACGAAGUGCGAGCGCGAGGAGUCAAGUGAUGCAGUGGUUUAUGGAUGCCUUGGACGUGAACGCGAAUGCGUCAGCAAUGCGACCAGAUCCGUCCAAAGUCAGCUCUUCGUCGCUGCUACUCAACAUGUCCGUUGUUUUGCUCAAGCUGUGCGACCCUUUCGUCGACGACGGAAAGAAGCAACAUUUGAUUGACCCUGGCUUUGUCUCAUCACUCGAAGCUCACAAUGGCGUUUUCGCAACCAGCGGAGAACACGCCGUCAGUCGACUUGGAGAGAUGGAUGACAGUCGAAUGAUAGAUUCAUACAGUCCCAAGAAUUCUUUCAUCCCGCAAUGUUUCUUCUUGUGUGCCCGGUCGCUGCAUUUCGGCAUUGUCCCACAAUUAUCCUACCACGAAUCUUUGUUGCGACACAUUUCGCAUCUCCAUUGGCAGAUUUCUAACCGCAACGGUGAUCUACAAAGCGACCCGCAGUUUGCGCUCAUGGUGAGCAAGCAACGAUCCAGCGAAGUUGCGCUGUUUGAGGAGGAAAUGGUAAAGGAUACACUUCGUUUUGGCAACUUUGUUGCCAAGGUUUUAUUCGAUAUGGAUGAUGACACACUUCGUACUAUGCCCGAGGACUUUGUGAGCGAUAUGUGCGACAUCAUUAUGGCGAUUGCGAAACUCAAACCGAAGAUGCUUCGCAAUUUGGAGUUCCGAUACGUGUUUAAACUGGUGGUCAAGCUCCUAUCGGCUAAAUACGCUAGUAUGGUACGAAAUUACAAUUUACGCGCCAUGCUCGGCGAUGUUUUGUACGAAUUAUUCAUGCCACCAGAGACAGGCGAUCGCCGGGACGUGCCGGCAUCGGUGUCGACGGAUCUACUUGCGGGGGGACAAACGUUUGUGCUUUCCGAUACUGCGGCGCAAGAAACUCUUGCUCCAUCCUUAUUGCUGCUUUACGGCGAGGUUGAACACACAGGAUACUACGAUAAAAUGAGUCACCGCGCCAAGAUUGCUUCUCUAAUAAAGUAUUUGUGGAACAGUCCGGAGCAUCGUCCUGCCUUCCGUCGGAUCACACAGGACCGCGCUUCUUUCAUCAAGUUUGCUAACGGGAUCAUUAACGAAACUAAUACCCUAAUUGCCACUGUCAUGCAGAAGCUUCCGGAAAUUCGCGAAGCUCAAGAAAAGAUGAAGAAUCAGCAAGAUUGGGGACGACUGACGGAAGAUGAACAAAGCCAAGUUUCGAGCCGUUUGGACGAUAACGAGCGAGAGGUAAAAUACGCAUUACCACUGUGCAACAAAACUUUGCAAAUGUUUGGCUACUUGAAUACAGAUGGCGACAUCCGGGAGCUGUUUCUACUGGAAGAACUGUGUCCUCGUUUGGUGGCCAUGCUGUUGCAUGUUCUCACAAAAUUGGUCGGUGCCAAAGGACUGGACCUCAAGGUUGAUAAUCCGGAACAGUACGACUUUCGUCCCAAAGAAAUGCUCCGUGACUUGUGCGCCAUCUUCAGUCUCUUUGCGUCAUCUUCCGUCUUCCAAGUUGAAUGUGCCAAGGCGGGUUGUGACCCCAAUCUUUUGCGGUCGGCUGUGAAGACCACUCGCAAGCUCAACCUGCUGACAGGCGAGUCCAUGAUCGCUUUCGAAUCGUUACCGGAACUAGUGGAGCUCGCGAGUCGGACGGUACUGGCCGACGAAGCCUUUUUGGCGGACGCCCCCGACGAAUUCUUGGACGAAAUUUUGUCCACCUUUAUGAAAGAUCCCGUGGUUUUGCCGUCUGGUCACUUUGUGGAUCGCUCGACAAUCACGCAACAUUUGUUGAACGAUCCGAUUGAUCCGUUUAACCGCGAACCCAUGACGGUGGAAGAUAUUCGCCCCGCGACCGAGCUGAAGGCCCGGAUGGACGCGUGGUUGGCGGGGAAGAAAGGCUUUGCUCCGUAAGGACUAGACGUGAGCGCCACAUUUUUUUGCGCCCACGUACUGAGCAUCAGCAACGCAUUUCUAUACACAGGUAAAGAACCAUUAGAAAGAGCAACAGAAAAACUAUUGGUCUCUUGCUAACGCAUCGUGCAUAAAUGAAGAAAGGGGUUCGGUUGCGUAGAGAGGGGUUUGUUUGUCGGUAUAAAAACGUAGAUUUAGGGAGUCGCCUUUUUGUUUUCUCAGAAAGGUCACGUAGCCGCUACUUGGACUUUGCGAUUGCGCAGCGUGAGAACCCGCAGAGUAUGGUUGUUGUUGUUGGUAUGAGAAUCGAUCGCUAUCGCUGGCGCCGUAUCCGUGUGCUUUGUUUUUUUGGACGGCGAUCCUUUCGGAGUGAUCGUACUCGUACCACGGUCCUCGUCCAAAUCCGGCUCCACUCCGUGCGACCUCUUGAGAUGCACCGACCAGAGUUCUUCACCGACGGUGGGCCCGUCGCGUUUGGGUCCUGGGGAGAGCCUGUGCGGCACACGGGGAUCGUCGUCACGAUCCUUGUCGUCGGGUCCCGUUUUUUGCUGACGGUGCAAAUGGACAAGGUACAGCUCUUCCCCUACACUGGUAGGUUUGGUCGCGGGCGUGGGGACUUUCCGUCCGACAAGUUUGGACUUCUUUGCCAUGGUGACACAGUGC